AUGGAGCAGCGACCGGGGCUACCAGAGCCGAGACCUGCAGGACCCACCACGCACCCACAGCCCAAGGAGGGGACACUCCCGGCUGUGGAGGAUGUCGUGGAGGUACCACUCACCGCUGCCUGGAGCCAGCUGUACGGGGACAACGCGACAACGGGAGGCCCUGGUGCUGUGGAGCUGGUCGACGAUCUGCUUCUGCGUGCCGAGCGCUCACCGCCGGGUGCCAGCAAAGCCAAGAAGGGGCAGCGGAAAUCCUCACGAGGGGCCCGCGGACGCAACUGCCACAUCCGCAACCUGAUGGUGAAGGUGCGCGACCUGGGCCUGGGCUUCAACUCGGACGAGAUUGUGCUCUUCAAGUACUGCAGUGGGUCCUGCCACCGGGCACGCAGCAACUACGACCUGACGCUGGGCAGCCUGCUGCGGCAGGAGAUGCGGCGCCGAAGGGAUCGGGCCGUAAGCCCCCCCUGCUGCCGGCCCACCCGCUAUGAGGCCGUCUCCUUCAUGGAUGUGCAGAACACAUGGCAGACAGUGGAGAAGCUCUCAGCGGCUGAGUGCAGCUGCAUUGGCUGA